AAUGCAGCGAGAUCACCUGACCCGUCGUCAUUGCUGUAGCGCUUCACUCACAACUGACCAACAACAUGGCUCCCAAAGAGCAAAAUACACACAUGAUGCUCUGCCUUUUCCUCCUGACGCUUGUCCAGACGGCCGAGGCAUUUGACGGCGGAGAUGCGGUGGCUUUACUGUUGGGCGCCACCGUGACGCUCGUGGGAAUCUGCGCGUGCUUGGGCUGGUACGCGCGCACACGAAACGGCCAGUUUUAAUGACCAACCUGCUGACCAAGGCCUCAUCCGGAAAUGUGACUGAGUACAGAAGGGCUGUUGUGCAUUUAUACUGAAGAGAAUUGAAAAUGCAUGCAGAGGAAGGACCUAUAUGGAUAAUAUAUGCUGUUGGUUUUAUUCUUGACGAAUUAUCCCUAUCAAUGACACUAGGAAAUUCGUUCCUUCCGUCCUGCCCCAGUGCACCACGUGAGAAACUUCUACAGCAGUACCAGCGUUAAAAAGUCCAUUAGGUUAUUACUGCAUGAGAACAAGAUCAUUCUCUGACACAUUCCAAUGGACUUGGACAUUCUGGAGGGCUUGGUCUUCUGCCAUGUUACAAUCACUGCAAAGACAAUCCACUUUCAUUUUCAACGCUGCAUCGCUCCUAAAAUUGUUGAAUGCUUUCUCUGUCUGCAUAAAGCAUUUAAUAUUAUUACCAAUGUGCUUUAGAGAGAGAGGGUGAUGCUGCUUGCUUUGUCUGUUUAAAGGUAAUAAACUUUAUGAAAUAUG